CGCGGUUCACGGUUUGUGGAUCCAGUUCACGCUCCUGGUGACCGUGAACUCGUAGCUCUGACCGUGAACUGUGGAUGAUUCCUGGACGCCUGCACUUUACGAUCAUGGGGCAAUUGUCACGGUCUUUGGACUUUUCUUUGGUUUUUGCUCUUUUUGACCUCCAAUCGUCCCGAAACUCGUCCUCAACCCUUCCACACGUGCUAGGACCUGAAAUGUAUCAAAACAAGCACAGCCUAGCAUGAAACAUGUCAACGGAAGAUGAAACGAAAAGCCAAACUAUCAAGAAAUGAGGGGUAAAAUGUGUACAAUUGGACUCGAAUCACUCCUCUACACUUGAAAGUUUGCUUGUCCUCAAGCAAACCAAGUAUAAAACAAGGUAAGCUUGCAACUUCUCUUUUUCAAAAAAAAAAAAUUGAGGCAUGUCAUAGGGCAGAAAACGAAUGAAUCACAAUGGUUAUUUGACACUGAUCUAUGGACAAAAACAAAUUAAUCUUGGCAACCACCACAAACGACAUUCAACUGUAUUAAGAUUGUGCAAAAGAAGAUUUCUCACAUUAUUUAUCAACCAACACAAAACUUGCUUCGACGACUCACCAAUCACAGUUACUCAAGCAUGAAAAUCACAUCAUAUGAACGAACAAUCGAGCAACCUAGGUCCUCACCGGGGUAUAAGAAAUGAACAAAACAUGAUGAAUGAAUCACUCACUCUCGACUAGUGGGUUCACGACCAUUUGAUGCAAAAGAUGUGCAUAUUCACGCUCAAUCCUAACGUCCCUUCACCAUGACGGUAACCUCUAAAUGUUAGAGUUUACAAGAUGGGUGUCGUUGCUAGCUUGUGCGGAGGUCUUAGACACGAGUUCAAAUGACUGACGAGGGUCUAGGACAUAGGGGAAAAGGCUAUUUAGGUGGUGGCAAACACAACAUGAGGUUCCACAUCUUCAACCUAAAACCAACAAAAGAUUCUAUGGUUUUGACUAAGAACCUUUCCUACAAUCAACGACCACUAGCAUCGGCCAAAAACCACAGUUCCCUUCUUUCCAAACCACAACCAAUCACCAAACCAUGUCACACUAGCUUUCUUGCUAUAUUUGCUAUUCAAUUUUAAGCACAAGAGUGUAGAGGUGAACAACACGUAUGUGUUUCUAUUGCUUGUAGGCCAAGAAACACUUCUAAGAGCAUGUUCAACAUUUAUUAUAUUUUUGGUGGCCACUCUCUUUUAUUCUUUGCACUCUUAUUGAUCUCUCCUUUUUUCUCUUUUUGCUUUUUUUUUCUCUUUUCUUUGGGGGCUAUAGAGAGCUAUAGACAUGCCACAUUUUUUAACUUAAGGAACAAUGCUCACUUUGAAAAACUACCUCCACACUCACUUCACUUCUUAGAAAAACCAUACACAAAUUACUAAUGUGGAACCUCGUUUAAGCUCAAAUGGUAUGAAUGGAGCUUCUAAACACAAGGAUGACUCAAUAUGGUGUAGACACAAAGAAAGUAUGUGAUGACUCAAUAUUUGCACAUGUUUUCCCCUUUGUUUCUUGAUCGUUUAAGUUUGCAUUAUCGCUUCUUUGGCCUAUUUUAUGCUAGUUUGUGUUCCUUUAUCACAUUUCAGGUCCUAGCAUGUAAAUUGAAGCAUAGGCGCAAGUUUGAAGUCAAUCGGAGAUCAUUCGGCAAUUCGGGAGAAGAAACACGAGCAUGACCUGAGGAAUAAUGGACUUCUACCUUAUAUUAUGGACAAAUAAUCAUGGAAUUUUGUCAUUAAAAGAUAGAGAAAGAGACUACAAGCGUCUGGGAUCAAACGGCGACUGAUUCGGAGUCCGGACGAGGGAGAAACGAAGCAUUAAACAGAGGCUGAGCAAGCCACACGGGCAAGACCCACACGGCCGUGUGAACUGGCCAUGUGGCCAUGUGGAAAUCGGCCGCGUGAUCGAGAAUUUCUGUUUAAAACUCGAUUUUCAGCCAAAAGGAGGGGAGAGCUGGGUUUUUGGUUCCCAAACACCCAAGGGACGAACCCUAGAGAGAGAGAGCGACUUGGGAACAUUCUUGGAGAUAUUUUGGAGGAUUUCUUCGCCAUUGGAGCUCGGUAAUCAAGCUUGGAGAUGGAGAUUGAAGAUCUAGAUCAGAUUUCUGCAGUCUCUCUCUUCUCUAUGGAGUAAAUUCCCUUCACUUAGGUUUUGAGGAACCCUAGUUCCAUGAGUUAGGAUCUUUCUUGUAUGAAGUUUUGGAUUCUAUAUUGUUUGAUUUUAAUCGAAUGAUGCAUGUUUAUUGAGUCAAUUGAAGUCUGAUCAACUUUUCCUGAUUCCUGCUGCAAUCUGAGAAAGAUAGAAUCUGAUUAGGUUGCUAGAGUCUCAUCAUUCGGUAGUAGGAGAUUGGCUAUACGAGAGUUAGCCAGUUUACUGCUUUGUACUGGAAUCCAAUUCCAGUAGUGGAUUUCCUUUCCUUACUGCUUCAGCUUUCUAUCCCGGUGAAGACUAGUCGUCUGUCGGGGAGUUAGACUGAGAGGGCUUGGUCAGCUUAAGAGAUUCCAAGCUACUGUCGGAUCUUCCGCAGUUUAAUCAACAGUAAAACAACCAAAAGGAAUUACAACUUGGACCUAAUUGAGGAGCUAGGGGGAAUCAUACCUAAGUGAGUUCCCAAACUGUAAUUAGUAGUUUUACUUAGUUUAGUUAGUAGAGUAGUUUAGAUAAUCAAUCCUUAAUCUAGUUUGCUAGAUAAUGAACUGAAGCUGAGUAAUAGUAACUCUAGAGACCCGUGGAUUCGAUAUUUAUUACUUGUCACUUUACUGCAUUCCCGGUCUGCGAUUACACUUGGUCGCAGAUUGGUGUUGUGUUUUAGGCCAUCAAGUUUUUGGCGCCGUUGCCGGGGAAUUUCUAGAGUAUUAGGAAAGGCAGAAGUUUGUUACUUCAGCGUUUUUCUUUUCUUUUCCACCCUUGCUUUUCACUUGGGUGUUUUUGUUUUUGUUGGUGCAGAUCUGAAUCAUGGAUCCUCAUGGCUUCUCCAACCAGUGGGGGUAUCCACCGCCAUCCGGGUGGUAUUACCCCGAGACUCCCUACAGCAAUCAAGGAGGAGAAGACUAUGGAUUCGGGUUCCAGUACCAACCCCCUUUAUACGGAGAACAACCAGACCCCUGGGCAUAUCAAGAACAACCUCAUUACCAAGAAGACUUUCUCCCACAACCAGAAGGGCCAUCGGAGCUGGAGUUACCCAUGGCGGCCUUCACGGGCCACUCUGCAGAGCCAUGCUACACUUCACUGGAAGAUCCAAACAAACAAUUAAGGCUUCUUGUAGAGCUGUUUGCUCGAGACACUGAGAGAUCAUGCUCCAAGAUGGAUCUUCAAAUCAAAGCCCUUGCCGCUUCCGAUCCCUCAUUUCUCCAUGAUAUGGAGGAGACUGUUCAGCGCUCAGCGAAGCAAACAGAGUGGGUGGAGCAAGUAUGCUCACAUCUUGCUCAAGAUCACCUUUCUGCUACCAUGCUAGAAGAGGUGGAGGAUGACAAAGGCUACGGGGAUGUUGAGGAGCAUACAGAAGUUAUCACAGAGAACUCCCAUGAUAAUCAUGAUCAGGAAAGUCCACUGGUUGCAGAUCACACAUUUCCUUAUUUCUGCUCUAACAUGCUGGGCCCGAGCGAGGAGAUGCAAGAUGAUCUCAUUGAAGAAAUUACAUGGCGACUUGCUCUCCAGUUUGUGCUAGAAGAAGAAGAGCAAGGAAGGGUGCAGAAAGAAGUUGUGGAGGAUGACGAAAGUGAAGCAGGAGGAGUUCUUGAUCAUUUCUCAGGGGUGAUACCACAUGAAGAAGAAAGGGGGGUUGAAGAAGCAAUUGGCGUCCAUGCUAAGGACGGAGUUAAGGUGGAAGAGGCUUGCACCGGCCAUGAGUUACAUGUGAUAUCUCCACCAAACUUCGAGGAACUGCUUAGCAACGACCCAUUUGCAGUGUCUCUUUGCCAGACCAAGGCCACAUCAACAUCGGUCCCUCUUGGUGGCCGUGAUGGUGGCCAAUCGAUGUUGUCAUAUCUGGUUUGGGGCAAUGAGACGAGAGAAGAGAAGAAGAGGUCUCGAGGGUGGAGACUUCAUCUGCAUCAAGUGCACGAGCUUCCAUCACCAGUCAUACCACAUGCUCGUGACUUGCGACUCCACCUCAUUGAUGAGAACCUCAACUUCAAGGAGGUUCUAGCAUGGACCGAAACUUAGGAGCCAUCGUCUGGCUCACGACGUGAAAGAAGCGCUUGUUGGGAGGCAACCCAACCAGUCGGUUUGCAUUUCUUUCUCUAUUUCUCCUCGGUUGAGUCAGUUUUGUUAUUUGAUUUUAGAGUCAAUAACUCAACCUUUGUGAG